AUGAUCCGGCUGCGCGGCUGGUGCGCGCGGAGGCCCCGCGGCGCAGCGGUGCCUGCGGGGCCCGCUGGGCUGCGCUGCGCGUCGGGCGGGCCUGCCGGCCGCGCCCUGCGGGUACUGGUGGACAUGGACGGCGUGCUGGCCGACUUCGAGGGCGGCUUCCUCAGGAAGUUCCGCGCGCGCUUCCCCGACCAGCCCUUCAUCGCGCUGGAGGACCGGCGCGGCUUCUGGGUGUCGGAGCAGUACGACCGCCUGCAGCCCGGGCUGAGCGAGAAGGUCAUCAGCAUCUGGGAGUCGGAGAAUUUCUUCUUUGACCUCGAGCCUCUGCCAGGCGCUGUGGAGGCUGUGAAGCAGAUGGCCAACCUGGAGAGCACUGAUGUCUUCAUCUGCACCAGCCCCAUCAAGAUGUACAAGUACUGUCCCUUCGAGAAGUACGCCUGGGUGGAGAAGCACUUCGGCCCUGACUUUCUGGAGCAGAUCGUGCUGACCAGAGACAAGACCGUGGUCUCCGCCGACCUCCUCAUAGAUGACCGGGUGGACAUCACAGAUACGUGUUAGGCGUCACAUCCAGCCUUAAGCCGCGCGUGGAGCGAGACGAGAUUCUUCUCCGCGUCCGGCCUUGGAAGGGGCCCCACUGGGAGUCAGGAAGAGUGGGUCCUGGCUCUGGGGUAACUCGCUGAGUGACCUUGAGUGAGUCCCUUUACACCUUGAAGCCUUGCCCUCGUACAAAAUGAGGGCUGGACUCUGGCUUCCAAACGUUUGUUUUUAGCAACAGAACCCCCCCUUUUUUUUUCCAGAAGUAAUUUGGACUGAACCUCAUGUGUUAAAGCAGAAAAGCAAAGCCUAAUCUCUCUAGUUGAAGGUGGUUUGGGAGCUGUGUUUGUCCCUUUUGCUUAUGGGUGACCCCUUCCCAAAAAAUAA